AUGGACGGCCUUCCCACCGCCGACACAGCUACCUCCCCUGACAGCGAAUCAACGCCGACUGCAAAGCAUUCAGGCACUUCAGCCGAUGCACCCAUAAGCAACGGAUCCCUGGCGCAGGGAGACAACAAAUUCCAGAACGCCAUAUCUGCAUGGAGAAACAUUGAUCUUACAAACCUUGUCCCAGAGCUUGAUGCAAUUGCCACCGAUGUGGUUGCUCACCAAAAAGAUGCCCUUCUGUCACGAAAAGAAUUAGCUCAAAAGACGAAAGAUUUCAGGAAGCUCGACGACACUGCCAAGCUUGUCGAAAUCAAAAGCCUUCUCAAAGCUUACCAAUCGUUUAUCGACAACUUGACGAACCAUGGCAAAACUGCACAGUCCGCUUUCUUACGUGUUUACUCGUCAGUGUCGGAAGCUCCAGACCCAUAUCCGCUCCUGGAGGCAUCCGUCGAUUCCUUACUUCUGUCGGAAGAUACUCUUCCAAAGCUGACUACUGAGAACGAACACCUACAGAAGAACACCAGCAAGCUUACUGAGCAAUUAGAUAUCUCUGAAAGACAGCUGGAAAAGGAGCGCGGUUCACGGAGACAAUUGGAGGACGGCAGAGAUGCAAAGAUCAGAGAAAUUGAGGCAUCUUGGAAAGCGGUGAUGGAUGAGAAAAAGGACAAUUGGGAGUCCAAGGAGCAAAGUCUCGAAGACAAGGUGGAGAGUCAAGACCGACUUCUCAACGAACUGAAGGCUAGCUACGAAGUCGCACAACGACUGGAGCAGGGUGGUGAGGGUUCUGAAGAGAAACGACAGAACUUUGCAAGUGCUGCAGAACUUGAGAUCGUUAGCUCCGAUCUCGACAGAACUGCUCAAAGACUAGCAGAGAUAGAGGCUAGAAAUGAGCAGCUGAGAACUCAACUUGCAGAGGCUUCCUCCAUCGUUCAGAAGCCACACGAGCCUCAAGAAAAUGCGGAUGUUGCUCGUUUAAGAUCUGAAAAUUCUUCGCUCCUGCGAAAGCUAGACGCCUUACGGCUGGAAAAGGAUUCUGAUUCGAGGAAAAGAGAGGGUAGAGUCAAGUCUCUGGAGAAAGACGUACAGUCAGCAGAAUCCGAUAGAGAUGCUCUCCGCGCAAAAGUCAACUCGUGGCGAGACUAUACCGAGAUCAAGCAGGAACUCGAAAUAUUCAAGUCAAUCGAGUUUUCGACUCUCGACGAUGAUCCUGAUGGCGAGCAUCUCGACGGGAAUGAUCAACCGAACGGCGUGCCAAAAGGCGGUGAAAAGGACUCACUUGAAAAGUUAUUACUUGCUCGUAACAAGAAGCUGAGCAAUGAGAUGGCUAUCCUCAGAGUGUCCCAUCAGGAUCUGCAGCUGCAGCUAGAUUCACUAGAGGAGACGCUGUCGAGAACGAAUGCAGAGCUAGAAAGGGCACAAAAUUUAAAUGCCACUCUAGAGUCAGACUUAGUGAAAGUGCAGCAAGAAGCCUCGAACGCCUUCCCAUCGAACAUAUCUUCGGCUGGCACUUACACCUCGCGGUACCCUACACCUUCCUACAAUGCAAACUCGUUUCCAAACCGCAAGGGCAGGAGCUCGCCAACGUCCUCUAUAAUCUCUGGCUUCGACCCUUCGAGUACAUCAAGAGCCAACAUGGACGCUAUUAGAGCAGGUGAGCCCGUCGGUGGCGGCUCAGGAAUCCUUCCCAUGAUUCAAGCACAGAGGGAUCGUUUCAAACAGAAGAAUGGCCAACUUGAAGAAGACCUCUCAAAACAGUAUGCGACCGUCGCAACCUUGCGUCAGGAGGUAGCUUCACUGCAAAAGGACAAUCUUAACCUAUAUGAAAAGUCACGAUACAUUUCGACGUACAAUCGUAGUCAAUCAACCUCAGCUAGUGCUUACGCCCAAGCUCCUCCAGCAUCAUCCAUAUCCAUGUCCGACACCACCUCUUCAGGCCUUUCGCUCGAUCGGUAUCGCUCCACAUACGAGGCCAACCUGUCGCCCUUUGCAGCCUUCCGUGGCCGGGAGAAUACUCGCGCCUACAAGCGCCUGAGCCUCCCAGAGAGAGUCAUUUUCUCAGUCACCCGAAUGGUAUUGGCCAAUCGAACCAGUAGAAAUGUCUUCGCAUUCUAUUGCUUGGCCUUGCAUUUGAUGAUCUUCGUUAUGCUGUAUUGGAUGCAUUCUGUCGAUGUGACCAACUCUGCUAGCAAUCUCAGCGCUACGGUGGCCAAAGUUGCCGGGCCUCUUGGUGCCGGUGAUGCUGGCGCGAAGGCUGGGAUGGGGGCUGAGGCUGCGCACGGCGGCUGGGAACAGGAAGGAUUCAUUGCAAAUCCUGAUGAUUGA